AGUUAAAUCAAUAAUUUGUUAAAUGGGAAACCAAAUAAUUUCCUAUGUUACACUCAAAAAAUGUUGAAAAAUAAGUAUAUCUUAAGUUUUUUUAGGAAAGAGGAACCAUAAGUAGAUAUAAAUCAGUAUGUUAUUUUGUCUGAAGUUUGAGGUAAAUUAAACCUUAUAAAUAUCUUUUUGUUUCAGUUGUUAGUGUUAAUUGAAGGGAGAGGGAUGAACAUAGUCCAUUUGAAAGUAGGGAGGAGCAGCAGAGAAAAAUUGAAGCAGCAGUAUGAGAGUUGUCUGUGUGACAGUUGGAGGAACUCAAUGUCCUUGCACAGUCUGUAGUUAUUUUUUUCUGAGUUGGGUUAUUUGCCCUUUGCUAGAGCUCUUUUGCCAACAAAUAGAAUUUGGUUAUAAGCCUCUGGUCCUGGCCCCUAUAAGGCCUGGAAAGGUACAAGGGAUAGGAAUUAAACAAAAUUGAGGGUAUAAAUUUAGAUUAUAUUUUAAGUUUAGAAACUAGGUAAUUUACAGAAGUGGUUGUGAGGACUCUGUAUUUUUAAAUUACUUAUAAGCUUUAAAAAGGAGUAGAGAUAAUCUCUGAAAGGUUAAAACAGGCCAGGAAUGGCCAUCACCUCCCCCCUACACUCCAAAGGACGAGUAGACUAAUAAAUAGAAUGUAGAAUAUAGAAUAGAAUUUUAUAUUAUCAUUAGUUGGCCAUUAUGGUUAGGGAAUGUCUAGGGCAAGUGAAAGUUUUCAGAUGAUUUUGCCUAUUUUUGAGGGUAAUCUUUCUAAACAUACAGUGAUGUACUUCCUCAGUUAAUAGAAAUACACUUAGUCAUAAUUUGGUAUCUUUGCUGAUCAAUUAUAUAUUACAGUAGUUUUGCAGAAUGUAAAAUUAAAAGGGUAUACUAUUCAUUCUAGGAGGUGACCAGGAAAAUAGAAUUAAGAAAAUAAUUUACUUGCUCCUAAUAGAAGUUUAGCGAUACAUCACUGUUGAACCUGUAGGAUAGGAUGACAUUGCUGUCUUUCUGCAAAAUAAAUAAUUGAAUCAAAGAUUGAAGUAGUGUUUUCUUCAGUGGAUUUUCUUCAUAAAAUCAUCUUUACUGUAAUCUGUGUUCCUUGGCUUGUCAUCAACAUUGAGAGCAUUUUUUUUUUAAUUUUUCUCAUUAGCAUAAUGAGCCAUAUUUAUUUUUUGGUCAGUUGUAAGCCAUUUUAUUCCACUUGGAUUGUUCAUUUUAAGUGAAGGAGGCAUAGCCUUUAAUGUACAAGCACACAUUUUUAAAAGUAGUAAUGGAGUAUAUCUUAUUCCAGAGCUUGUAAAUUCUUUUAACAUAAGAAAUUACAGCAAAAGUAAGGUUAAACAGUAAACAUAAGGCUAAAUUAGAGUUUUAGUAAAUACUUCAUCAAGAGGUCCAGGCAUAUCAAAACACCAAAAGCUCUGUUAACAUAUGUUGAAUCGUUUUGAACAAACUUUAACUCAUUUUGCGUUUUGAACUCUGAAUGUUUCUGCCUGCAAAACAGCGUAGAAAACAUAAUAGUAUAAUUUCAUAUAAUCUUGUUUUGUAUAGUUUAGCGUUCCUCAAGGAGGCCUAUGCUUGUGUGAUAAUUCUUUUACUUUGGGUAAAGAAAUACAUUGAAACCAAAGAAAAAUCAUAUUGUUUAUCACUGCAUAAGCUCUAUAAUGAAGUAAAUGCUUUGAUUUGGUUUGGAUAAUAUGUCACAUAAGGAAAAAUGAUGGUGAGCUGCAUGUUCAAGAUAGGUAGCAGGAAAGGUGCCAUGGAUUAUAAUAUAUAUAUUAGUCUUUUAGUGAGUCAGAUAUUGGUGUUCAGUACCAGGUGGUUCAUACAGACAUUAAAGCUUGAAGUUGCUAAGACUUCAGGCAAGUGGUGGGGUUGCAAAACAACAACAACAAAAAAAAAAACAAAACAAAACUGAAGAUCACUAAGUGUGGACAUAGCUAGAUAAAUGAGGCAGAUGCUCCUCCAGAAUGGAAUUCCAGAAAUUGAAUGAAAUGGGUUGAAUCCUAAAAAAGCCCAGGGCUAUUAGUAUAGUCUGUGAGGAAGUAUACAUAAUUGUACUAAACAGCUUAAUCAGUCUACUAAGAAGAUGAAGAAAGGUGGGACAGUUUGCUGGAGAAUGAAUGAGGGAGCAAGAGGGUACAUUUCUGACAGGAAUCUUGUGAAUUCAUCUGUAGAAUAGUCGCUCUUCCUUUUUGUUUUAAAUUCUCAUGCACUAGUAGCGACUAGGGUAGAAAUUGAAAGGCAAGGCCAAAAUGCAUCAAUUUUUAAGGUGAUUGAGGUUAUAGAGAAAAGUAGUUUGUAAAUUGAGUAAAUGUCAUAUUUUGCUAUUUAACAUGGGCUAGAGAAAGGAGUCUUUAAACUUUUUUCCUAAAAAAAAAAAAAAACUCACUAGAUACUGAUCCAUAUGUUCUAAUUUAGUUGUGAACCAUGUGCAGUGAUGUUUGACCUGUGUGAUUCAACAUGAAAAGAAUUUAACCAGCUGCCCUUGCUGAGUCUUUUGUCAUGUCUCCUGAAUGCAUGCCUUCACAGUUGUUGAUCACAUAGCAUGGUCAUCCACUCACAGCUUAAAAAAAUACAGGGAGCAUCGGAGAGAAUGGGUUCAAUGUAUCUAUGCCUGCCUACUUCAAUCUGCAAGGGAGUGUCAGAAAGGCCCCGCAUUCGCCGAGCCGAGAUACUACUCGUCAACGAAUCAAAUUCAGCGAUGACAGAGUAUGCAAGAGUCACCUUCUCAACUGUUGCCCCCAUGAUGUCCUCUCUGGAACUAGAAUGGAUCUUGGAGAAUGUCUGAAAGUUCAUGACCUGGCUUUAAGAGCAGAUUAUGAAAUUGCGUCCAAAGAACAAGAUUUUUUCUUUGAACUUGAUGCUAUGGAUCAUCUGCAAUCAUUCAUUGCAGAUUGUGAUCGAAGAACAGAAGUGGCUAAGAAAAGACUAGCAGAAACUCAAGAAGAGAUUAGUGCUGAAGUGGCAGCAAAGGCAGAACGUGUUCACGAAUUAAAUGAAGAAAUUGGUAAGUUGUUGGCCAAGGUGGAACAACUGGGAGCUGAAGGAAAUGUCGAAGAAUCCCAGAAAGUAAUGGAUGAAGUAGAGAAAGCACGGGCAAAAAAAAGAGAAGCAGAGGAAGUUUAUCGGAAUUCUAUGCCAGCUUCCAGUUUCCAACAACAGAAACUUCGAGUCUGUGAAGUCUGCUCUGCCUAUUUAGGUCUUCAUGAUAAUGACAGACGACUGGCUGAUCAUUUUGGGGGUAAACUGCACCUGGGAUUUAUUGAAAUAAGAGAGAAGCUUGAAGAAUUAAAGAGAGUUGUAGCUGAGAAACAGGAGAAAAGAAAUCAGGAACGCCUGAAACGAAGAGAAGAAAGGGAGAGAGAAGAAAGGGAGAAGCUGAGGAGGUCUCGAUCACAUAGCAAGAAUCCCAAAAGGUCCAGGUCCAGAGAGCAUCGCAGACAUCGGUCUCGCUCCAUGUCACGGGAACGGAAGAGGAGAACUCGAUCCAAAUCUCGGGAGAAACGCCAUCGCCACAGAUCCCGUUCUAGCAGCCGAAGCCGCAGCCGCAGCCACCAGCGAAGUGGGCACAGUUCUAGAGACAGGAGCAGAGAGCGAUCCAGGAGGAGAUCCUCAAAAGAAAGAUUCAGAGACCAAGACUUAGCAUCACGUGACAGAGACAGGAAUUCAAGAGACAGAUCACCUCGUGACAGAGAUCGAAAAGAUAAGAAGCGGUCCUAUGAGAGCGCUAAUGGCAGAUCAGAAGACAGGAGGAGCUCUGAAGAGCGCGAAGCAGGGGAGAUAUAAUUAGCUGUGUACAUAUCCUCAAUCCUUAAGCUUCCUAUGGAGUUACAUACUAUUGUUUAGUUUACAGCUGUUGGGGGUAACAGUGAGAAGUUCCAGACUCCGAUCCAAAUAGGCUAGAUGCACAGUAUCUAACUUGAUCUGAACUGAACUUGUUUCCCUGAUGAAGCCUAAAAACUACAUCCAUAGUUUCUGGUGAACCUGUAAUGCGAUUCUGAAAGUACAGUUUUAUAUAAUAAGAUGCCGAUAUCUUUAUUCUUUCUAGUAGGAGUGAUAGUGAACGAAUUGUGUUGCUUGCCUUGGGAUUUUUUGAACAUUUGUAAAAUGCUGUCUUCCUUUCUAGUCCACAAACAACAGCUUUCAGAAUUUUUCUUUUUAUUCUUCUUCCUCUGACUUUUGUAUCCCCUAAUACCUCCACCCUCUAAUUAUAAGAGAAAGUGGGAGCAGGGAAGCAAUAUAACUUCUGUUCUAAGGUUCUGUUCUCAUUUAUUACUAGCUGAUUACAGAGCAUUUAUACUGGAAAGUGCUGGAGAAAUUUAAAUACUGAGAGGUUUUGUUUUGUUUUAAGGUGCCUAUUUAGAGUUGGAAGUUGAACAGCUGUUGCAUUACAUACUUUGCUUUUUUAUUGAAAUUUUGAAAUCAAACAUGUCUUGAUUUUUCUGUUCUAUUGCUAUGUUCAGGAUGUUUUGGAAAGGGGGGUGGGGGCAGGGACUCUUUCAUAAGCACUUGUUUUAUUUUGUGUGUGUGGAGUAUAAAGGUUACAACCUUAUUGUAAAAAAUAAUAAAAUGAAACAAUCACCACCACCGUCAUUAAACUGUAACUUGUCUAGUAAAUUGUCACUAGAACUA